AUGGUCAUCCACACUCAUCCCCGUAUUAAAAGUGAUCAAUUUCUGGGUGAUUUGACUGCUCAAUUGAAGAAAACUUUAGCAUCAGAGACUGAACAAGACGAUGAAGUGGUAGAUGAAGGUUCGGAAAGUGCACGAGAAACAGAACUAAAAACUAUUCAAGGAAAUAUUCAAUGGAAUGACGAUAAUGACUUUUCAAUAGCAAAUCUUCUUUUCUUUCUGGAAGUGAAAUGGAUAUGUUUAUAA